AUGGUAUUUCAAAUACUAUUAUUUAUUGUCUUUACUUAUUCAUUUGAAAUGUGGCAACUCACUGAUAUUCAUUUAGAUCCUAUGUAUACUGUUGGGAGUGAUCCAUUAAAAUUAUGUAGAGAAGGAAAAGGGAAUGCAGGGAAGUAUGGAGAUUAUUCAUGUGAUGCAAACAUGGCAUUAUUAGAUUCAUUAGUUAAAUUUAUCAAAAGAAAUACUGAUGUAAAUGGAAAAGUUAUGGUUUAUAAUGGUGAUAUUGUUUCACGUGCAAUCCCUAAAUAUAAUUUAGAUUAUGUAAAACAAUCGAUCGUUAAUGCUACUGCUUUAUUAAAGAAAUUUGAAGACUUUUUCAUUAUUCCUAUGUUAGGAAAUCAUGAUGUUUAUCCUGCUAAUCAAAUGGCUAUUAAUUCUCAAUGGAUAUUUCAAUUUGCUGCUGAACAAUUUGCUCCUUUCUUAUCACAAAAUGCUAUUGAAUCAUUUAAACAUGGAGGAUAUUAUACUAUGCCAUUUCCUGCACAUUUAGGUAUUAAAGUUCCUUUAAAUGCUGUAGUUCUUAAUACUGUUUUAUAUUAUAAUUAUAAUAAACAAACAAUGGAUUCUACAGAUCCUUUAGGACAAUUUGAAUGGUUUAAAACAGUAAUGGAUGGAUAUAGAAAGACUGGACAAAGAGCUAUUGUUAGUAUGCACAUAUGUCCUGGAGUGGCUGAAAGGUUUAAUUAUUCAGACCAAUUAUAUCCACAAUAUAAUGAUAGACUAGUUGAUUCAUUAGCAGAGUAUAAUGAUGUUAUUCUUGGAGUAUUAUGUGGACAUUUACAUACAGAUACUUUCAGAAUUUUAAGUAAAGGAAAUAAGAAGGUAAUGGCAUUUAUUGGACCGUCUGUAGACACAUGGUUAGGAACAUCACCUUCAAUAAGAAAAUACGAUGUUGGAAAUGGACAAGGAUAUAUGAAAGAAUUUAAGAAUUAUCACUUCCAAUUACGACCAAAAAAAGAUAAAUUAAAACCUAAAACAACUAUUAAACAACCAAGUGAUGGAUUUAAUAAAUGGAAAUUCAAUUAUGGAUCAUCGUCAGAGUAUGGAUUAAAAGAAUUAAGUCCUAAAGAAUUUGAAAUUCUUGCAGCAAGAAUGGAUAAGGAUCUUCAAUUAUUUAAUAAAUAUCAUCUUCAUUUUAGAGCAGAUACACCAGGAUUUACUUGCAAAGGAAAUUGUAAAAACAAUUGUAUGUGUGCUGUGAGAUAUCCAAGACAGAAUGAAUUUGCAAAUUGUGUAGUUUGGAAUUAA